AUGCUAGCAAAAGUUGUUAGUCCAUCCAUGAUUGUGGACAGAGCAGAUGCUUCCGAACGAUGUGGUAUCAUUAUCUUGGGUAAUUCAGGCGUGGGCAAAAGUUUUCUCGCAAACAUACUCUUUGGUGAUGAAGGUCUUGUUCUUCGCGAGCUCCUUCAACUUUCUAAUUUUAACAACAGCAGUCUGUGCUUUCUCAAUAGGAUCAAUCCCAAAAACCAAGCGCAACGGCAACGGCUCAAUGAACAAUUGUUAAAAAUACACUUGAGAUUUUUGAUCGUGUUUCGGAAGCGUAAUGCAUUUAUUCUAGGUGUUGAUAGAAUACAAACCAUUGUUGCAUCACAAGGAGCACGAAAUUCAAAUAUUGCUCGACGAACUGAGACAAAAUGA